CUGGAUGAGACUCAACCUGAAGAACAAGCUGGAUUUCGCCAGGGAUCCAGCUGCGUGGAUCACAUCCAGACAGUUUCGAGGAUCAUCGAUGUUUGCCGAGAGUAUCGCCUACCUCUCGUCCUAACCUUCAUCGACUACGAGAAAGCGUUUGACAUCGUCGAGACCAAUGCCAUACUGUCAGCGCUUGUCGACCAAGGUUUGGACCCAUCUUACGUGAUGACAUUGACCGACUGCUAA